GUGAGUGUGUGUUUGCAUAUAGUAAAAUUGAGUAAAAUUUUCUCGUGAACAAAUUAUGAAAAAUAAUCUUUGGGAAACGCUACAGGAAGUCGAUAAAGUAGAGGUAUCUUUUGAGAAAACAUUGAGAAACAUCAAAAGUAUCCAAAACCGAUACAAAAUGGUCUCGGCUUUGAAGAAGAAGGAUGAAAGGCGUCAGGAAUCCUUUGAAGCGGAGAUCCAGGCGGCCAUUACUGAAAACAAAAUCACCAAACUGCCAAAAAAAAAUAUCGUCAAGAAGAAAAAUAAGACCACGAUGGUGACCAAAAAGCGGGUUAGGAAGGGCAAGGCAAUUUCCAAAGGGCCCAUUCUACCACCUAUCCAAACAUCUGAAAAUGUCCUAAAAAUUGAAGAACCCUUUGUCUGCCUGGAAACUAAUUGUGUCUAUGAAAUACACAAAACAACGACCCAUGUGGUAACCCGAAAACCAUAUGGGGCUCUCAUCCGGAGACUUUAUCGGGCAGCUCGGCGCAAGAAUCGGCAGGAGGAGACUUUGCCCCAGGAGAAUUACCAGGAGAUAUAUCCAGAAUUUCCCAACUUAGCCUGCUCAUGCUCGUCUUGCUGUUUGGAGUGCAGAUAAAUUACUUGUUUGAGCUUUCAUGCAUUUGUGUAUGUCUUGCAUAUUUUUGGGCUUUUUCAUAUAAAAUUUUAUACGGGCACUUAAAUUGUUGAUAAUAAAUUAAUUAAUAUUGAGUAGCAGUAGUUGCUUUAA